AAAAAAUCAAAAGAAAAGAAAAGCAAAUGAUUAACAAACAACUCUACGUGUCGUAUUAUGGACCAUCUUUCUAAACACUCAUCGGCGUAUGGCCUCGUUUCUCUCUUUGAUUCUCACAGUUUUUCUGUCUACUCUGCUCUGCAACCCAAAAAACCCAGUCCAGUCUAAAACCUUUUUCUUCUCUUCAAUUCUAUCUCAAUUCGUGUAAUUCUGGUUAUCCACACCGUCAUAUUAACUAACUACCAAAUUUCACUACACUACAUAACAAGUGAUACUCACAAAAAGAAGAAAAAAAAUCUCAACUUUUUUAAUUUAUUCCUUCCAUAGAUUCUAACAAUAGGUAUGUGAGAUCUUGUAUUCCUAAAUGGUUUUGUGAUUUGGGGUUAUUUUGUUGAAGACAUUGAUGAUGACUGGUCAAUAGUGAGUAAUGCUUUUAGUUGAGGUACCUGAGACAAUUUCAUCACCAAUGGUUAUAGAUUAAUAUGUAUGAAAUAGAUAGUGAUACCGAAUUUGAUGAAAUGGGUUAUACAAUGAGUAAACUAGAAAUAGAUUCAGAAUUAUGUGAUGGUUCUAUGAAAAAUGGAAAUGAAGCUUCAGGCAGUAGGAAACAGAAAGGGAAAUUUAACUACUUGGAUGGUGAUGAAUUUGCUCAGCUUACUAAGAUGAGAACUGAACCGAAUGAACGUCUUUGUAAGAUUGGUCCUGGCAAGCCUGAUUUGCCUGUUUCAAUGGUUAAGUUGUUGGCUGGGCGAGAAUGUAACUUUACGGGAAGAGGGAAAUUUUCUUCGGCGGAUUGUUGUCAUGUUCUCAGUAGAUAUUUGCCUGUUAGUGGACCUUAUAGAAUUGAUAAGAUGGAUAGCCGAGCUUAUGUUUCUCAGUUUUCGGCUGAUGGUUCGCUUUUUGUUGCCGGGUUUCAGGGAAGCCACAUUCGAAUAUAUGAUGUCGAAAAUGGGUGGAAAGUUCAUAAGGACAUCCACGCUAGAAGCUUGCGUUGGACUAUCACUGAUACAUCACUGUCACCGGAUCAACAGUAUCUUGUUUAUGCCAGUAUGUCUCCGAUAGUCCAUAUUGUUAAUAUCAGAUCUGGUGGGAAACAGUCACGUGCAAAUGUUACCGAUAUUCACGAAGGUCUAGAUUUCUCUGCUAACGAUGACGGGGAAGAAGAGGACUCUUUUGGGAUAUUCUCUGUCAAAUUCUCCACUGAUGGACGAGAAUUAGUAGCCGGAAGUAGUGAUGAUUCGAUAUACGUCUAUGACCUUGAAAGGAAAAAGCUUUCACUGAAAAUUGAAGCACACACGUCUGAUGUUAACACGGUAUGUUUUGCUGAUGAAUCUGGCCAUCUCAUAUAUUCGGGGAGUGAUGAUAAUCUUUGCAAGGUGUGGGAUAGACGUUGCUUUAAGGCAGAAGGAAAGGCAGCAGGUAUUCUUGUGGGACAUCUAGAAGGCAUUACAUUUCUCGACAGUCGUGGGGAUGGACGCUAUUUUAUUUCAAAUGGGAAAGAUCAAACCAUCAAACGUUGGGAUAUCAGAAAAAUGUCCUCAAAUGUUGAUUGCCACGGUAGAUUGAAAAACUACGAAUGGGAUUACCGAUGGAUGGAAUAUCCAGCACGUGCAAGAAAAUCAAGGCAUCCAUAUGAUCAGUCAUUGUCUACAUACAAGGGCCAUUCGGUUCUGCGUACUCUUAUCCGUUGCUACUUCUCUCCAGUUCACAGCACUGGACAGAAGUACAUAUACACUGGAUCUAACGACUCGUCUGUUUAUAUUUAUGAUGUGGUAAGUGGAUCCCAAGUUGCGAAACUUCAAAAUCAUGCAACAACUGUCAGAGAUUGCAACUGGCACCCUUAUUAUCCGAUGCUCGUCAGUUCCUCUUGGGAUGGGGUCAUUGCUAGAAGUGAAUUCCCCGGGAAUGCAGUAAACCCAACACCAAUUCCGCGAAAAAGAAGCCAACUACUCCCAAUAUAUUGAGAAGAUGUGAUAUAGCUGGUCCAUGUUGUUUAGGGUCAGAUUAAAAGCGACAAUGUUAUUACAUAGGAUAUAAUGUUACCGAUUUUUUUUUCUUCCUUCCAACUCGUCUUUAAGAAGUUAAGCUCUUCAUCAAAGAGCAACGAACAUAUGUUUGUAUUUAUAGUAUUCAUAGGACCUGUAUCUAUCUCUCUCCGGUCUAUGUAUAUAGCCCAUCUUACUCUUGCAAGUUUGCAGUAAUAAAUUAGUGAAUGCACUUCCUUGUAAUUGAGGUUUGAUA